AUGCAGUCAGGCCUGUGGAACGAAGACAUCUUCCGGACUGCGCUUCGUAGCACGCUUCGCAGCAACUUCAGUGAUAAGCUGAAGAUCAGGGACAUCAACGGCUUCGCCAUUAUCAACACCAUCAUCGCGGACACAAGGCCGCUGGGCCGUGCACAGUCGUUCGGCAAAGCUUUCCGUUCAGCGAAUGAUCCCAUUCUGGAACCACAUUGGGCCUACAUUCACACGGCAGCCAUUUGGCCAGGCGGACAAUCGUUGGUUCCAGAAAACAUGGUGGCCGAUAUACUCAGGGAUGCCGACGUGGUGGGGAUAAGCACGAGCAAUACCACCGACGAGAGCAAUAUCAUCUUGAGCCGAGCGUCAGGCAACGUUGUUCCCUACUUGGCAGCUUCCCCGCCUAACCCCAUCAUGCCAGCCGGUCCAGGCACACGGGGAAUGCUGGACAUCCUGAGGGACUUUCCGCACUGGAAGCAGGUGCUGCAACGCCAGAAGCUUUGCUUCUCCGUCACGACAGCCAUCAACUACGCGAGGAACAGCGCCGAUAACAUCGACUUCGUCCAGCCUAUCCGCCAGGAGGAGGACGUGCAACGAUUCGGUCGGUUAAGGACGCACGUUCCAGUGGCACUGUUCUUAAGCACUGCUGCCGACGACGCUGGUGUCUGUCGGCGACCGCAUCCGGGCAGCAUCUACUGUCUGCUGGAUCCCUCUAAUGGACCGUGA